AUGCCAAAGUCCAGAGCUAUUCCUCCCUUGUACCACUGCGCGGUUUAUCAGUCCCUCGACAAUAAUACCUCCCCUCAGGAAAUUACCGGCGUUGGUUUUCUUUACCCUAUAGAUUGCGGCGGGCCACCGGAAAAACAAGAGGAGAAUCAAAACCGCCGAUUGAGUCAAGAGGUUGGCGAAGCCGGCUGGACUAUUUCAGUUGGGUAUCGUCUAUGCUGUAUUCUCAGUCCCUUUCUUUUUGGAGAUAGGAGGGCUAAAUAGCAUACUCCGAGCCGAGAUUCCGAGGUUGGGGCUUUUCAUAUCUUGCCUAACCGCCAACAGACACCAACUAACAGAACAAAAAGACCGAAGCUCAAGUAGGAUGGCGGAGAAAUCCGUCUCAUGGAAAGAAGAUAAGACUCCCAUGUCAGGGGUAAGUAAAAAGGUGAGAGUGGAGAAGAGGAAGCUCGGAGGUAAUGCUGCCGCACAGCAGGCCAUGGGAUAG